CGUAGGCCGUGACGCAUGAAUGUUGUGUCUGCGAGGAUGAUGGCGGACUCAGUAGCGACUGGCCUUGCGGACGAAAAUGAGACCGAAAAUGAGGAUAAAGAGAGGGAGAAACGACUCUUCAGAGAGACGAAGGAACAAGCCGCAUCAGACCUCACAGAAACUCUGGGAUUUUACGAGAGGAAGGCGAAAUACAAAGAGAGAAAGAGCAAUGUGUCAGAUCUCUCUCUGGUGAGGUUUAUCAGUGCUGAGUUGACUAGAGGAUAUUUUCUGGAACACAAUGAGGCUAAAUACACCGAGCGGAGAGAGAAGGUCUACACCUGCCUGCGUAUCCCGAAAGAACUGGAGAAGCUGAUGAUGUUUGGGUUUUUCCUGUGUCUGGAUGUGUUUCUGUACGUGUUCACUCUGCUGCCUCUCAGAGUGUUGCUAGCCUUGGUCCGACUGCUGACACUGCCCUGCUGUGGCCUCAGGGCUAGUAUAUGCCCCUACUGCAAAAAGAGCAGUGGAUCUCGUAUCUUGCAGCCCGCUCAGGUGUGUGAUGUUCUGAAGGGUGUCAUUAUGAUCCUGUGUUAUUUCAUGAUGCAUUAUGUGGAUUAUUCCAUGAUGUACCACAUGAUCCGGGGUCAGUCUGUCAUAAAACUCUACAUCAUCUACAACAUGCUGGAGGUGGCAGAUCGCUUGUUUUCAUCUUUCGGACAGGAUAUUCUGGAUGCUUUGUACUGGACUGCCACUGAACCGAAAGAGAGGAAGAGAGCUCAUAUAGGAGUCAUCCCACAUUUCUUCAUGGCUGUUCUCUACGUCUUUAUGCAUGCCAUUCUGAUUAUGGUUCAGGCCACCACACUGAAUGUGGCUUUCAAUUCACAUAACAAGUCGCUGCUUACCAUCAUGAUGUCUAAUAAUUUUGUUGAGAUCAAAGGAAGCGUAUUCAAGAAAUUUGAGAAAAACAACCUCUUCCAGAUGUCUAAUAGCGACAUUAAAGAAAGAUUUACAAACUACAUACUCUUACUAAUCGUCUGUCUCAGAAACAUGGAGCAGUUCUCCUGGAACCCAGAUCAUCUAUGGGUGUUGUUUCCUGAUGUUUGUAUGGUGAUCGCUUCAGAAAUUGCAGUGGACGUUGUCAAACAUGCCUUCAUCACCAAGUUUAACGACAUCACGGCAGAUGUCUACAGUGAAUACAGAGCAAGCUUGGCAUUUGAUCUGGUCAGCAGCAGACAGAAGAAUGCAUACACAGACUACAGUGACAGUGUGUCUAGGAGGAUGGGCUUCAUUCCUCUUCCUCUUGCACUAGUGUUGAUCCGAGUGGUGACCAGUUCUGUGAAGAUCCAGGGAUCUCUGUCCAUUGUGUGUGUUGUGCUCUUCUACCUGGGUAUGAUCACCCUGAAGGUGCUGAACAGUAUUGUGUUGUUGGGGAAAUCCUGUAAGUACGUGAAAGAGGCCAAUAUGGAGGAGAAGCUGUUCCAGAACCCUCCCUCUGCAGCUCCCAGCAGAGCGUCAAGCAGAGCCCAUAGAACCAAACACACACGAGAACCAGCAGGUGAGCCAGAGGAGGAGGGCUUGUCUGCAUCAGUCACCACUCAGCCCAGCCGAAGUGACGAAUGCCCCGCCCCUCAGCUCCCCACCAGCCAAUCAGAUCAGUUCCUCACUACACCAGAUGAAUCAGAAGAGAAAAGCCUUAUUCAGGACGAUACCGAACUUAAACACAGGGCGCCUGAUAAAGACUUACUGGAGAUUGAUCGCUUUACUAUCUGCGGGAACCGUAUCGACUGACGUUGAUGUGUGUUGAGAGUGACGCCAGGUUUGCACUGAAUGCCCGCCCUCUCUGCUAGCUGGAUUUGUUUGACAUUUGAGCUCGUUGGAUUGGGACAGCGAGAAACUGCAGGAUAUUUAUUAACAAGUGAUGCACCUAAUUUAUUUAAGACUUCAACACAGACGGUCACACACAGUUUUACCCAUCUGGAAUCCACCGGGUGAUGUUUUCAAGAGGUUGGAGAUCAGCGGGGGACGGCGGGGUGUAUCUUGGUCUGAUGGUCGCUGUGCUUACCUUAGGAAGCUUUGAAUGAGAAAAGGGAUGGAUUACAUUCCCAAAUCACAGAUUCUGAAGAUUUCGUACAUAUGUUUCGAACUAAAUAGGAUGCAAAUAGUCCAAAAAUGUAAAAUGCAGUGCUCCAAAACAAAUAACAGAAAUGCUUAAGUUUAUGUUUUUAAGACAGUUGCUCAUCUAUGACUGAAUUUCAGUUUAAAGACAGGGUUACCGUUUACAAUUUAUCAUUUUAUUUUAUUUUUUGCAUCAUUUGAGGAUAUGACCUUUUAAAAGGCCAUUGUGAAAUGCAUGCCUUUGAAUUCUGGAUUGAUUAAAACGCUGCAUCUAAAUGAAAGGAUAAUUGAUUAAUGCAAGAUAUUCGCAUGGAAUCUAAAAUGAAGGAAUGAAAUAUUUGGAAGUCAGUUUGUCCCCCACAAGCGUUUGUACAGAGAGUAAAGUAUCAGAUGAAUUGAUACAUUGAUGCAGAUACUAAAUAGUCAAUUAGCAACAUUCCAAACGUCAGAAUCUUGACCAAAGCAAUGCUGAAUUUACAGCCUUUUGCUAAUAUCUUGGGUUUUUACAGGUCAAUGAGCUUCAGAAUCCAGUAAUGUAAGCUAGUAACAAUGAGUCAAUGUUUCAGAAUAACCAACUUAUCAGUCAAUACACAUGAUCAGUAAUAAUGCAUCAUGUAUAGUGCGUUAUCAUCAUAGACAGUAAUGUUUUGCACAUUUGAUUUGCAUAACAGACCACAUUUUUGUGAAUCACUUAUGUCUCUUUGUAGAGCUGGAUGUCAGAAUUUAAGUUUUUGUUUUCUCUCUCAGUAAUGACAAAGAUGUUUUUUAUAACAUUUUUUUUUUUUUUUACUGCUUUUGGCAUUUGUAUUUCUUGUGUUACAAAUGUGUGGCUAUAAUCGCUUUGCAUUGUAACAUUAUCAUGGUGGCAUUUAGUCUGACAGUUCACACUCGAGUCAUCAUGUCAAAAAGGUGCUCAGUUUUUCAACAAAAAAAAAAAAAGGUUUGAUUUUAAUGAUCAUUUAGGAAGAUUAUUACGUGAAAAUAUCAACUAUGCCAAGGAAUUGUUUACCCUCCGUUGUCAAACUAAUGCAAACUCUGAUUCACAUUUUUCAAAACCUUUGCAUUCACUUUAACUUUCAAAAUGAUAUCAGCGAGUGUUUCUCACUGUUUUUACAUUUGAAACACUUGGUGUUAAAGAUACUUCUGCUUAUUUUUGAAAGAAAGAGAGAAUUUUAAGCAGAUGUUUGGUUCUGUUGUGCUUUUCAGUGUGAUUGCCUGUGCUUUCCCGUAGGUUCAGCCGCCUUUUGGCUCUUGAAAUAAAGCUGAAGUGUAGAUGUGCUGGAUAUGGCUCAGUAUGGCUCAAAAGGGUGAUUUUGCUUGAUUGAACCUUUCUAAUUCAUACUCGUAUCCAUUUAUUUGGAAAUGCAUUAAGAUCCAGCCAUCCCGCUCUUUCCAGACUGCCGUUUUCUCUCAUUGGUCGAUAACAGUUUGUUGUUUUCGGUGUGUUUUUGUACCCAUAUUAACUCCAGCCUCUAGAAACUGAAGAGGAAUGAUCCCUUGUAUGUUUCAGAGACAGAAUUGGGGAGAGGAAUCAGGGCAUUGUGUUAAUUAAAGUUUUGUUCUUUUUCUA